AUGGACUAUAGUGAUCAAUUCACAACUUAUUCGAAAUGUGGAUGCCCAUUCUUGUUAAAAGGUGUCAAUAUUGGUGAUGGGGAUGAUUGGAAGUUGGAGGUGGUUUGUGGAGUACACAACCAUCCUAUUUUAGAGUAUUUUCAAGGUCAUUCAUUUGUGGGGCGACUUACUAAAGAGGAGAAUGCCUUGUUGGUGGACAUGUCUAAGAGUUUGGUGAAACCCAGAGUUAUUUUG